AUUUAGCACUGAACAUGAAGUCCAUUCGACGAAAACAUCUUCUAUCUCAUUAACAGGCACAGUACGGUUUGUUAUAAAGUGCUGACAAAACAGCCGCAAAUUCAACUACUUGCGUUAUGGACAUUUCGUUGUAUCCUAUAGUCAUCGCUGUCGUUGUAUGUGUUGUAACUGUUGUACUGUAUUGGUUUUCAGUUAAAAGGAAACUUAAGAAUGUUUUGUUUGUUGGUGCAUGCGAUGCAGGGAAAACAACUCUUUUCUCUUCGAUUGUAUAUGGAAAUCCAUCUUCCACGUUUACAUCUCUGAGUGAGAAUGUUAAAAGCUUACAAACAGAUAAAAAAGCUCUUGUUCUUAUCGAUGUUCCUGGUCAUGAAAAAGUUAGAAACGAAAUAAUUCGCAAAUAUAAAUUGGACACUUUAGCAUUGGUUUUUGUUAUAGAUUCAAAAUCUAUUCAAAGUGAUAUAAAAGAUAUUGCUGAAUUUUUGUACAAUAUACUAGUGGAUAAAGUUUUUAUAAAAAAUCGUGUCAAAUUGCUAGUAGCCUGCAAUAAACAAGACGCUACUACAGCAAAAGGUGUUAGUGUAGUAACUCACCUACUUGAAAAAGAACUGAAUACUCUUACAUUUACACGUACUGGUGCACUUGCUGGCCUUGAUCAAUCUACCAUAUCAACACUGACAAAGCCGGGAGUAACUUUUACUUUUGCAAAAAGUCGUCUACCGGUAGAUUUCGUCGAGAUUUCUGCUAUAAACGAUUCGUCUGCGAUUCAUAAGUGGCUUAUGCAACUUUAAGUUUGUAAAACCUUAUUCUUAUUGUAAGAUAAUUAUUCUGUUGAUAAAAAAAAAAUAUCUGAGUUUUAUUUUUCUUGUUAAUAUACACUUUUGUCUGCA